AUGGAGAAGGCUCCCGUCGUCGAGCAUCUCCCUCCGCCCCACGGCGAAGGGCGCGCCGCCCGUCGCCCACGUGCUCGUGGCCGGCUUCUCGGCAUCCUCGCCUGUCUAUGUGUUCUACAGCUUCUCGUGCUCACGGAUCCCAUUGCGCGCAUCCUCGGGACGGACCGCGACGAUGUGCAGGUUCCGAGGAAUCAUCAGGAGAUACUGGCUCGCUGUCGCUCUUUGGACGUUGAACCCGCUCCGCCGCGUAACUUCUACCGCCGUGACGCUUCCGACCGUGCCGUGGACGGCACUGCACCCAUACUCAUCCAGAACGCACGUAUUUGGACUGGAGGCGAUAAUGGAACCGAAGUCAUCGAGGGCGACGUGUACAUCGACAAAGGCAUCAUCAAGGGCGUGGGACAUCUUGGACGGAAGCACGUACAGUCUUUGAAGGAGAAGCAUGAUAUCGUCGUGCUGGAUGCCGAAGGUGCUUGGCUUACACCGGGAAUCGUCGACCCGCAUUCGCAUCUUGGCGAUGGGUCUUCGCCGUAUCUUGAUGGAGCGUCUGGAGACGAUAACUCGUUGAAGGGGACUAUUCAGCCUUGGCUGCGUUCCCUGGACGGACUCAACACGCACGAUGACUCGUACCCACUCUCGGUCGCGGGUGGCGUGACUACAGCCUUAGUGUUGCCAGGUUCGGCGAACGCGAUCGGUGGACAGGCAUUCAGGAUCAAGCUUCGUCCUACGGCUGAGCGUAGCCCGACAAGCAUGCUUGUUGAGCCGCCGUUCGGCCUUAACGGCUCGGACGUGGACUACUACACCGCACCAAGAUGGCGUCUUAUGAAGCAGGCUUGCGGCGAGAACCCGAGUCGCGUCUACGGCGCAACCCGCAUGGACACGUUCUGGGCCUUCCGUCAAGCCUACGACAAAGCACGCCAGCUCAAAGAGUCCCAAGACGACUACUGCGCCAAAGCGUCUCGCAACCAAUGGAAAGACCUAGGCGAUUUCCCCGAAGACCUUCAGUGGGAAAUGCUCGUCGAUGUCUUACGCGGCAAGGUCAAGGUGCAGACGCACUGCUACGAGGCGGUUGAUCUGGACGAUCUCAUCCGUCUUUCGAAUGAGUUCAAGUUCUCCAUUGCAGCGGUGCACCACGCCUCGGAAGCAUACCUCGUCCCAGACGUCCUCAAGCGCGCAUACGGUCAUCCGCCCGCCGUCGCACUCUUCGCUACGAACGGCCGCUACAAACGCGAGGCAUACCGUGCGAGCGAGUUCGCGCCGCGUCUGUUGAGCGCUGAUGGAUUGGAUGUUGUCAUGAAGAGCGACCACCCGGUCUUGAACUCCCGCUACCUCCUGUACGAGGCUCAACAGGCGCACUUCUACGGUCUUCCGGCAAACCUCGCGCUCGCGGCGGUGACAACCAAGCCCGCGAAAGUGAUCGGAUUGGACCACCGCGUCGGAUACGUCAAAGAGGGAUGGGACGCAGACCUCGUUCUCUGGGAUUCGCACCCGCUCACCCUUGGCGCAACGCCCAAACAAGUCUUCAUCGACGGUGUUGCGCAACUCAACAAGCCACACGUCGUCGAGAAGCCCGAGAGCUUCCAAGAAGUACCCGAAACGCCUGACUUCGACGAGGAGGCGUCGAAAGCAAGGACCCACGAUGGACUGCCGCCGCUCGCGCCUAACACGACGAGCGCCGGCACGGUCGUCUUCGCUAACGUCAAGAGCGUGUACUUGUCGAACGAGGAGGGCAAGCUCGUUGCGCAAGAAGCUCCCUCCAGUAGCGGAUCCGUUGUUGUGCGCGCGGGCAAGCUCCUCUGCGCAUUCGCUUUGUGCGAGCAGGCUAUGCUCGAGGACAAGGACGCGACUAUCGUGGACCUCAAGGGCGGUUCGCUCGCGCCGGGCUUGACGACGUACGGCCCGCCUCUUGGGCUGGCGGAGAUCGUCGCUGAGAGCAGUACGAUUGAUGGAAUCGUGUUUGAUCCACUCCUUGGAUCGGUACCCGGCAUCCUGGGAGGCGCUGAGGAGGUCGUGAGGGCUGUUGAUGGAUUGGCGUUCGGUGGCCGCGAUGCGCUGUCGGCUUACCGAGCUGGAGUAACGAAGGCCAUUGUCUCGCCCCUCCACAGCGGCCUCAUCUCCGGCCUCGGAACAUCCUUCUCACUCGCCGCACCCCACCGUCUCGCAAAAGGCGCCAUCAUAUCGUCCACCACCGCCCUCCACGUCACAAUCACCCACCUCGGCAAACCAUCCAUCUCAACUCAAAUCGCCGCGCUCCGCCAUCUCCUGCUCGAAGGCAAAGGCGUUUGGGGAGAGGUAGCACAGGGCAAGAGAACGCUCGUGGUUAACGCGGAAAGCGCGGACGUUAUUGCUACCCUUCUGGUGUUGAAGAAGGAGGUUGAGAAGGAGGUAGGCAAGAAGGUCAAGUUGACGAUCAGUGGGGGCGCGGAGGCGCAUAUUGUUAAGGACGAGUUGGCGACCGCUGGGGUGGGCGUUGUGCUUGUGCCUGUUCGUCCGUUCCCGGCUACUUGGGAGCAGCGCCGCAUCUUGCCCGGUCCGCCGCUGAGCGAGAAGGGACAGGUCGAGGCGCUCCGCGAUGCGGGCGUCAAAGUGGCAAUCGGCGCGCUCGAGUCGUGGGACGCGAGGAACGCGCGGUUCGAUAUCGCCUGGGCCGCGCUCGAAUCCGGUGGGCGCAUCGGCAGGGUUGAAGCUCUGGCGCUUGCAUCGACCGACUUAGAGCUGCUACUCGGCUCGACGGUCCAGGCGCAGGAUGAGGGCACGCUGGUCGCUACUGUUGGUGGCGAUCUGCUGGAUCUGGAGGCGAAGGUCAUUGGUGUUGUGGAUGGAGCGAGGGGUGUUGUCGAUUUGUUCUAA